UCUAAACCCUUACUCAGCCUCCUCACCACUAUCUUCUUAUUGUUGUUUACAUAUAUCCCGAGAGAUUUUGAUUCAUUAUAUUGCGAUCGAAACAAAGAGACUCAAUGGUGACCCAUGAUGAUGACAAACUCAGCGAGGGAGAGAAGAAAUGCUUUGAUCUUUUUGCGACGUUGCUUCUCGCUUUCGGAGACGAUGAAAUCAGAGCUAGACGAGGUCAAGACAGAAACUUGCUCAUGAUCCACACUGCUGCCACCACUCUCUUGUCGGGUAAACGAAAGAUUGAGGAUGAUGAUCAAGAAAACACUUUGGUAGAAUCCGAUGACGAACCCAUCAGAGCACAACCAAUUAGAGAAAUCAAGACUCCGGUUAGAGAAAUAAACCGGCCGGUUAAAAGAAAGGCCCCGGUCAGAAGAGAGACGGGAGAGACCCCGGGAUGGGUGGUUGAACUGAUGAAGACAUUCAAAGGUCGUGAGGGGGAUGCGAAGAUGAUAUUUGAGAAGGCGAUGACGAAGACAGAUCUCGCACCAAACCAAGGACGUCUCUUGAUGCCCUUUUACCAAAUGGCCGAGAUGGAUUUCUUGAACGAGGCGGAGUUGAAGAUCCUAGAGGAACAUCACAAAGGAGAUUAUGUUAAAAAAGGAGUUGAUGUGAUCUUGUUGAAUCGUAGUGGUAAGAAGCGAUGGAAUCUUAACAUGAGGAUAUGGAAGAUGAAUACUUGUUUCAACUACGCCUUGUGUACUGGUUGGAACCAGGUCGUCCUCGAUAACACCCUCCAGAGAAACCAGACUAUUACCCUCUGGUCCUUCCACUCACUAGAUGGCACUCUCUACUUUGCUUUCGAUCCUCCCACUCCAGCUCUAGCUCUGGUUCCAGUUACACAUGCAGCAGCUUCAUCUUCUUCAUCCAUGGAUACGGUUGUGAUCUCAGAGUCGGAGGACCCGUUUGUGUGUGAAGAGGCAAACAGGAGACUUUAUCCAUUUCCAAAGAGAAGGACAACUCCUCGAGUUUGUGUUCCACCUCCAACAAGCGACUCCAGCAAACUCCGGUUGUGAUUAGAGAUUCCUGGGAAAAGACUUGAUCUUUGUUUUAUUCUCAACCCUAGCUCUCUCCCUAUUGACUUGUCACGCAAGUAGUUUCUUUCUUAGGCACUCAAAAACGAUAUUUUGGUACACUAACUCUCGAGUGUUGUAGCUUUCUUAAUCGUAUGAAUAGAUGAUAUCAAUUGUUCAUUUUGGUCAUUUGCAUUUCAAUCUUGUUUGCCUAUGUCAAUGCUUUAACCGGGAUAAACCAAUUAAUUACGCAAGGAAAGAUAAUCCAUGCAAAGAAACAACACUUGAUGUGGGUGACAAAUAUAUGGACUAACAGAUAGAGAAAUGUGAGAUCUCAUAGUAUUCAGAAAAGAAGAUGUAAGCUUUUAUUCAAUUGGUGGCAGAGAGUGAGGAUGUGAGGCAAGAGAAAGAAGCCAAGCCCUGUUCUUCUGCGCUAAACCUCUCUGCAGAAUACUCCACUAGCUUAUUCCACAGCUCUCCUACAUUCAUUUCCUGCAAACCAAACCUUUUAAUCACCUGAUUAAGAUUUUGCAGGGCUUGGAGGCCAAAUGUGAAGUAUAACAUGUAGGGUCUUCCCAAUUUUUUUUUUUUUUAUUAUCUUGACAUUCAUACUUUUGUGUAUUGUGUAGAUGUUUUGGAAAAUAACUUGAACAAGUGCAAUUCUCUCAGAAAGUAUAUUACGAGUUUCAUGUUAAGCUACACAUUUGUGUGUCGUUUAGUAUAAGUGCCCCACAUGCAGUUCAUAAUAAAGCUCAAAUUAACUCCAAAAGUAGAACCUCAUUUAGUAUAAGUGUCCCGCAGUUAGUCCAUAAACAAAGGUUUAUUUUAAAACCAAAAGUAGUACCCAACCAAAGUGUAUUGCGUCUCUUAUUAAUAUUGAACUAGAUCAUGUAUCGCGCAGAUAUUCUUUUAAAUUAAACAAGCUUUAUAAGUUGAUUAAAAUAUUAUAUUCAUAAAAGUUAAGUAUAAUAAAGAAAUACAUUAGUACAAUUUCUUACAAUAUUUGAAUGACUUCUCAUUAGAAAACAUUGAAAAUAUAUAAAAUAUUAAUAAAAUGAAAUUUCAGUUCUUUUAUUAUUAAUUUGUUCAGUUUGCAGUAUAAUAACUUACACCAAAGAUAUAAAUUAUUUUGCUUACAUUUUUUAUAACUGUGAUAAUGAUUAUAUAUUUAUUAUCUAAUAUUUUCAUUUCUAUAACUGAAUUGUUUUCAUGAUUAUUUUUAAGCAUGUUAUUAUAGUUAGGCCAUGAUUAACUGGGUAUCUUAGAAGGGGUUUUUAGUUUAAUUAUGAAUUAAAGAAAAUGAAAAAUGGCAAUUACUAUAAGCUACGUAUCUUAAUUAGGUUACACAAGAUACGUCUCUUGUAUGCCACGCGUCGUUUUGAUACGUCUCUUCCUCUUCAUCUGUCUACAAGAUCGCUUCCGGCAUCGCUACCGUACGAGUCGACUCUUCCGCGAUCGAGAGAUUCACCACUAAACCCCUCCCAAGGACGCUCCUUUGGUCUCCCUCAAGGUCUAACCAACGAAGCGAGGCUUUGUCCUACGGUGCGGCCGGGAUGUUGAGCCGGAGUGAAAGCGAGGAUUGUGGUGGCGCGGUGGUUGAUUGGUUGCUGCAGACGGUGGCAACAACACCGACAGUCUUCGAACCCAGUUGUCAUCUCUAAAUACGAAACCUUUAAGGUUUCACAGCACUGGGCAAACACACACUCCGUAGAAAAAGAUAUAAGCUUUUGUGUAUCUUUCGAGCCUCCGAAUCAUCUUUAAACGAGAAAGAAAGUAGAGAUUGCAGGAUUUGUCAUCUUCCUUUCGAGAAGAUGGUUCUAAUGAAUAAGAAGAAGAAAAA